CACGCACAAAAAAACAACCCUCCUCGCGAAGAGACAUCAGCGCCGUGCCCGUCGCGCGCUCGGAUUUAAUUUCCAAGGCUUCGAGGGUCUCCUGCUGUCGCUUUUCGGGUGAUUUCUGAAGACGGAUCGGGAUUGAACACCUGUGCGCGCUCAUUAAUGACAGCCUGAAGAACUGCUAUGACAGGUAAACUAGCGGACAAGAUCCCUAUUACCAUGAGCAGUUUAAUCAACACCAUACCUGACAGUCUCUACCCAGAAGAAGACAUCCCAACUUCUAUGAACAUUUUCGCAAACCCGGACUCCAUUUCGCACUACUCGCAGAUGAAUACAGAUAAUAUCAUGGACUUGGGGAUGGGCGGCGAGAAGGGCAGCGGAGAAAUUCAGUACGGCUCCGGCAGCUUCCAGUCUGGGCGAAGUGGGCAGACCGUCACCUACCUGGGCAAGUUUGCAUUCGACACCCCUCCUUCAGGCAGCAUCGGCGGCUCCGGCUGGUGUCCCGACAACAACAUCAUAAGCCUGGUGAGUGCAGGCAUCCUAGGGGUGUCCCCUUCACCUGGAAACAUCACCACCCAGACGUCUUCAUCCAGCGGCAGCAUGGGUGGCCAGUCUUCAGACAUGGAGCAAGUAUACGCACCACCCCUACCUGCCUACUCCACCUGUGGAGAAAUAUACCCAGAGCAGGUGACGUUCCACCACAGUCCGGCCACGUCCUCAUCCUUGCCCUACCCGAGCUCUGACUACCACACCACCUCUAAACCAGGCAUGGACGGCAGUCUCUUCUCCAUGAUCCCAGACUACAACCUCUUCCAUCAUCAGGGAGACGUAGGGGUGAUGGAGCAUAAACCCUUUCAAACCAUGGACCCUAUCAGGGUGAACCCGCCUCCCAUAACUCCCCUCGAGACCAUUCGAGCUUUUAAGGAUAAGCAGCAGAUUCAUCCCGGCUUCCUCGGUGGGCAACAGCACGUUUCGCAACAUCAUCAACCCUCUCAGACACUAGCUCUCAAACCUAUCCGUCCAAGAAAGUAUCCCAACAGGCCGAGCAAAACUCCAGUGCACGAGAGACCACAUGCCUGUCCGGCCGAGAACUGUGACCGGCGUUUUUCGCGAUCCGAUGAGUUGACGCGGCACCUGCGCAUCCACACAGGACACAAACCCUUCCAGUGCCGCAUCUGCAUGCGGUCCUUCAGUCGCAGUGACCAUCUCACCACACACAUCCGCACACACACCGGCGAGAAGCCGUUCUCUUGCGAAUUCUGUGGACGCAAGUUUGCGCGGAGCGACGAGCGAAAGCGGCACGCCAAGGUGCACCUCAAACAGAAGGACAAGAAACCCACGGACAAGGGCAGCAGUGCUGGGGCAGGGGGGAACCACACUUCUCCUCCCAGCUCCUGUGGGAGCGCAGGACCCAGCAGUACUAACAUCAUGACCGUCACCACUUGUGCAUGAGAUGGACUUGAAAAGUAAGACUGUGAGGUGAAAAAAAACCGAAGUUUUCUUUCUCCUCUUUACAUACACUUGACUCUCUCCCUCUCACUAUAUUCAUCCGGUUUCUAUUGAUUAUGGUGGCGCAUUUCUGUAGCCACUACUGUGGUAGGUCAAGUGAGUGGGGAGUAAGUGGACUUGGAUGGGAAGCAGAGGGCGUCAAAGAUGACAGUUCAAGCAGUCGGGUCAGUCCACAGAAAGAGCACUUACAGAUGCAGCACAGUCAACUCUCAGCUCCGGAGACCAGAGCGUCUCUUCAGAGUUUAGGUCUACUUCUUGUAUUUUGGUUCGUUGGAUGAAAAAAAAAAAAGUGCACUUUCAUUUGCUUAAUGUUUCGCAGUCUUUUUUAAAAUGAUUGUUAAUUAUUUAAUGUUUCUGUGUUAUUGUUGUUGUUUUUCAAGAGAAUGUGCCAAAUGUAUUUAAAUACAGCAGAUGAUUUAAAAACGAUAUAUUGUUUGUAUUUACCUAAUAACUUCGGUUCAGACAUUAAUUUGGGGAAAGCCUAUGAGCUCUAAACGUGACGUUAAAAGUCUGAUUAUUUACAUAUUUUGAAAUCCGGAUGACGUUUAUUAUCAGCGACGGACUUUCAGUGCAAUAAGGAAAGAAAAACAACAACAAAAACAACAAUAAAACGCAGUCUGGCUCACUUUCACAUGUUUACCUUCUGGGGACUUAAUGAAGGCACGUCUUUGCCUUUAUUAAGCGCGCAUAUAAGGGCCAAACACAAUACGAUUAAAAGAUUUUGCCUUUCUGUUUUUGCUGCAUGCACCUAGUGUCAUGUCUAGUACUGAGAAGAUUGCAUCAGUCAUGAUCGACCUACAGCAAUACGCAUCCAACUCAAACCAUGCAGAGUGUCAUUUAAAAAAAUUGACCUAUUUUUAUGUGAAAACUGUCCCUCUGUUGUCCUUAUCGUCAUUGUUUUACUGAACGGUUGCAUUUCCUCAUCCAAUAUUGUUCAUGGGGUCCCUUUUUACGCACAUUAUAUAUUCAGCACGCAUUUGAACACACAUGUACACACAAACGAAAUCAGCCAAAAUUAUGGUAAUGCUUGCCUGCGAGCAUCACCACUGGGCAGGAUUGAUCUUAGGAGUCAUUGUUUUGCAUUUUUACCGGCUGAGGCCCUGCCUGCUAUAUGCAUGCCAUUCAAGUUGUUUUUGGAUGGGAACAGUUCCGACAUUUAUACUGCUCUCAGGGGCAGCACCGUAAUGUGGUAUCUCCACGGUUACUCAUAUCCCGAUCAUGCCUAGAGAUUCUGAAUAUUAACGACGAGAACGCGAGGGGGUUUUGUACAGAUAAUUUUACAAACAUAUUACUACAUGUUUUAUACUUGGAAUGUACAAAGCGAUGUCUUUCAGUAUUACGAUGUCUGUCUGUACACGUGUGUAUGUGUGUGUGUGUGUGCGCGUGUAUAAAUGUGUGCGUAUGCUAAUGCACACACAAACACCCGCAUACUUAGAUUUUACAUUGACUGAAUGUUGAAACAAAGGGUGUGUUUACAUUUUUGUUGGCUUUUUUUCUGUUUUCGAGACGUGUACAUAGUGUUGAAUGUUUUUUUGUAAGUGUGUGUGUGUGUGUGUGAGAGAGAAAGAAUGAGUGUGUGAGUGCAGGAAAAUCUGAGUACUGACAGUGUCAAAUGUGAUGCAUUCUCCGGCAUUUCUUCAAAGUCUUAAAUAUUAACUGUUAUUAGUGCGAAUUCUGACUUGCAGACACACUGAAUGAUGUGUUUAAUAAAUGAAUAAACAGUAAGAUUAUUUGCUGAAAAAAGCAAAACAAAAA